CGGAGUGAAGCAGCUGGAGGAGCCGAACCAGUCGCUAGGUCAGCCAUGUCAUCUGAGCCUCCCCCACCGCCACAGCCCUCCACCCAGCAGGCUUCGGCUGGGCUACUGAGCACCCCUCAUAAUCGCGAGCGCUCACCAUCCCCUCUUCGGGGCAAUGUGGUCCCAAGCCCACUGCCCACUCGUCGGACAAGAACCUUUUCAGCGACGGUGCGAGCUUCACAGGGCCCUGUGUACAAAGGAGUCUGCAAAUGCUUCUGCCGAUCCAAGGGCCACGGCUUUAUUACCCCGGCUGAUGGUGGCCCUGACAUCUUCCUGCACAUCUCCGAUGUGGAAGGGGAGUAUGUCCCAGUAGAAGGCGACGAGGUCACCUUUAAGAUGUGCUCCAUCCCACCCAAGAAUGAGAAGCUGCAGGCUGUGGAGGUUGUCAUCACCCACCUGGCACCGGGCACCAAGCACGAGACCUGGUCCGGACAUGUCGUCAGCUCCUAGGAGAUGCUUGAAGCGCCCCUUUUGCUGGGCCUGUGGGAGACUUUGUGGGGGAGGAGGAAGCAGGACCACACGGAGAUGACUUUGUAGCACAUGAGCUGGGGAUAUCAAGGGGGCGGGGAGCAUGGUCCCUUUCAAGUACCUCCUGGAGAAAGGGGGGGCAGGUCCGGGGGUGCUCUCGGCCACCAGCAUGGCCUCUGACCAUCGCAACAACCUCUCACCAUCUGAACAGCAUUAAAAGCAUUUGAAAAGGGGAGGUGCCCACUGGUGGCUGAGUAGAGGGGGUAAGCCCAGCCCAAGGGGUGGGUGGUAGUGUUUCCCCAUGGCCCAGAGAAGCAGGCUCGGCCCAGAGUCUCUCUUCCAGUUGGAUCAGUUGGAUUUGGGGACUCCAGAUCCCCAGGGGGGUGACAUGGCCCCUGUGUGACUUCUCCAGAGUGGAUUUCUGCCUGAGGGCCCCUCUUGGUUCUCUCCUGGGACAGGGCAGAAUAGUCUUCUCAUUAUUGGCUUGAUUGGUUCUAGGGUGAGCUGGCUUUAAGGAGGGUGGGCAAAGUUGGGGGGGGGUGGUCUUUGGAUUGGAGAGAUGUUGCCUUUUGGUGCCUUUGCAUGGGAGGCGUCCCAGGAAUCUGUCAGGGAAGACACUUUGUUUGGGAGCCUUGACCCCUGGGCUCUGUGGUCUUUGGUGCUGGGAGGCUGAACCCAAACUCCUCUCAGAACCUCGCCUGUCCCUCUGUCUGCUGGUUGAGUGUCCACUUAGUGGCCAUUUUAUGGCCUUUGUCCUUAGGUGCUUCUUGGGGGGUGGUGGUGGACAUGGGUAGCAGAAGGAUUCAUGGAGAGGAGGGUCUCUAGAUGCAUCUAGAAGAGAGUAGGUAGCUGGUUUCCUGACAGACUGGUAAAGUUGAAGGAGAAAGACACCUUUGGUGAGGGGUUUUCUUUAAAACUGCCAUUAGGAAAUGUGUAAGGAUUUUGUUUUUCCUCAUUUUCAAUAACUGAAGCUCUCGCUCUGGGCCGGCUCUGUAUGCACCUUGCUGACAUUGCAAAUUUUUAUAGGUAUUUCUAGUAAAACAAAUCCUUAGGAUUUUCUUUGCUGUGGGUUUUGGUUUGGCUUUAGUUGUGAUUGGAAAGUAGAAAUUGGGUGACAUUUUGAAAUACAGGCAUAUGGCCUAUACAUAGUCAAGGAUUUGCUCCUCAAAUUGGCGCAAACCAAUGGAGGGUUUACUCCGUGGCAAACCCUUUGAAACAGUGGCUUUUGGGCGGACAACAACAGGGACUAAUGACUUCAUCAGGUGUCUUCACCCUGUGGAUGCUUCCUUUGAAAGAGCGUGGAAGAGAGCAGCUUUAAGACAGUGCAUUGAUUGUGUGUGUGCGGGAGACUCAUGGCUGUUCCUGUCGAACUUAAGUUCAUGGUUAUUUUUUCCUGGCCUGCUGUGCACCUUGGGCAGCACCCCAGACCCUGCUCUCCCGUCUCCACCCCUGCUGGGUCAAAGGUGGCCUUUCCCUUCCAGCCUUGGAUGAUUCCCCAGGUGGCUCCCCAGGGGCCUUUGUGUUAAAUACAGACCAUACUUCCAGAGCCACUUCUGAGGCUGAGCACCCUCUUCUCCCUGUGCUGCCCUUGAGUCUCUUGCUUUGUUCUGGCCUUGGCACUGUCUGGGCGCUCUGUGCCCCCACAUGCUGGUGCUCUAGCACAUUGCCCGACAACAAGCUCAGGAGUUGCAUUCUGCUAUUCAGAGAUGACCUUUGGAUUCUGUCCAUUGGCAGAAUCCUUUGUAAAUGGCUCUUGCUCUAUCCUUCCUGUGUGACCACAUUUUUUCCAAUUAAUGAUUAUUCCACAGGGUGUUAAAGGGACAUGGAUUCUCAGUUGACAGGUGGGAAAUUGCUUGAGGCUCUGGGAGAGAAGAGACGUGUGCUGUUGGCUGGUGGCCAAGCUGGAACUAGAAUCCAGGAUUCUCAAGUCCAGGUCUUUUCUUCUACCAGUCACGUUUUUUCUCAAUAAAGUUUGGUUUUGUGCAA